AUGGGCAGUUAUGACGCUGCAAGCGACAAACUGUACGAGGGCCUGGACACCCUUCUGGCGACUGUGUCGAAGGCGGACAAGUUGAUUGUCCUUGGUGACUUUCACACCCCCGUCGGCACAGACCAUGCUGCCUGGAGAGGAGUGCUGGGUCCCCAUGGUCUCAACGGCUUCAAUGAAAAUGGCCUGCUCCUGCUACGAACACCGGCUCACACUGACCAACACCUACUUCCGCCUCCCGAUGUCAGAGAAGGCCAUCUGGAUGCACCCUCGUCGUGA